AUGCGCGAUCAACAGUGCAUAUAUGGACAUCUCAUUACUCAGGAAAAUGUUGACAUCUUUCGUCAACAAGACGUAUUCCAAGCCAAAAUCGAUAUAAUUGAUGGGUCGUUUUGCAAAGAUCCGUCGUCGGUGGCGGCAACUGCCUACUGCUGGCAAGGACCGUUCAUAGGCCGCACCAAGACUGUUGUCGAUGAUGACAAACAACUUGUGACAUGUCUCAUUUACAUAUACGUCUCCAAAGGAAUAGUCGCCGACGUGAGGUUGCCGAGUGCGAUCACAGAGAAAAUAGAAAAGUCCCUGGGUAUCCAGGACAGCAAGCCGAGGUGGUACCUAGUCCAUAAGAAAACUCCUGCCCAGAGGAUGGCGGAUCUGCUCGCCCAAUAUGAGGUUAGGAUUCUCAUUCUGUGUGCUAGCUCAUCCACUAAUGAUGUGUCGAAGACACGAUACGCGAGUAUAGCUGGAAUCCUAUGA